AUGGGAGAGAUGUCCGUUGUCGGCAGCAGCGAUGGGAUUCCAAGUUCAUCAAAAGAUUCAUUCUUCUCGAAUCUGUAUGAAAACUUGAACACGAAUCCCUAUUUCAAUGCAGGAGCAGGGUUAGCUGGAAUAGGUUAGACUGAGUCGAAUGUUUUAAAGUCCGCAAUAAAUACAGGAAUUGCGAUGAGCUUUUUGAGAAGGACAGCUCAAAUCAGCAACACGUUUUUACGUCGGCGAUUCAUGAUCACCUUGCAAGUGAAUAAUGAAGAUGCGUAAGAACACUAUUAGGGAGAAAAGAAGAGUUGAAAGUUACAGUGCGUAUCCGUGGUUGCUCGACUUUAUCAAUAAGCGUAGUGCCACACAGACCCGGAAUCUCUCCGCCAAUACGGUUGUUCAUCAGGCGGAGAGCGGAAAGACCGAACUGUCGAUAUCGUUCCUUCCGGGACACGGAACCCAUUUCUUCGUGCACGAUUACAGAUGGAUUAAAGUGGAGAGACAGAGAGAAAAGCAAGUGAUUCAGAGAGACGGAAUACGGACUCCCUUCGAGACGGUCACUCUCACCACUCUCGGUUCCGACGUCAAGUUUUUCAAAAAAAUGUUGGAGCAGUCGGCAAAGGAAGCGAUUGACAAUGCCGAAACAGGACUGGUUAUUUAUCAAGCUAUCGGGCCACAGUGGGUCCGAUUCGGAGUUCCGCGCAAGAAGAGGGACAUCGAUUCGGUGGUGUUGGACAGAAAUGUCUGCGAGGAACUCAUUCGAGACUUCCAUGAAUUCAUCGGAUCGGCAGCAUGGUAAACAAUAGAAUAGUUGGGAGUUCAAGACAGUGUAUUGCAGGUAUGCGGACCGCGGAGUGCCCUACAGAAGAGGAUAUCUGUUCUACGGACCACCCGGCACCGGAAAGAGCAGUUUCAUCUCUGCGUUGGCCAGUCACUUCGGAUACAGUGUCUGUCUUCUCUCACUGAGCGAACGAACACUUGACGACGAUCGGUUGGUAGUUUCCUUCCGGUGCUGACCCUCAUAGCCUUGUGUUCAUCUCAGAUUGAAUCAUCUGCUGAACACGGCGCCUCCGAAUAGUGUCGUGAUUCUCGAAGACAUCGACGCGGCGUUCGUGAGCCGAGAGGACCCGCUGAGCAACCAUCCGGCCUAUCAGGGACUCUCCAGGGUCACAUUCUCCGGCCUUCUGAAUGCGUUGGACGGAGUGGCGUGUGCGGAGGAACGUAUCACUUUCAUGACGACCAACUACGUGGAACGACUCGAUCCCGCACUCAUUCGGCCCGGAAGAGUCGAUCGGAAGCAGUACUUUGGCAAUGCGACGGAUCAAAUGCUCAAAAGAGUCAGUCUUGAAAAAACCCAGCCUUGGUUAUUUCCUCUGAUUUUCAGAUGUUUGAACGCUUCUACCGAGAGCCGAAUGACUCGAAACUCGCAGAGCAAUUUGUGCAGCGAGUCUCCGAGCACAAAACGGAACUCUCGCCCGCCUGCAUUCAGGGCCACUUCCUAAUGCACAAACAAGAUGCACAAGGAGCCAUCGAAAACCUGAAGAACAUGUUCAAGUCCGUAUAA